AUGCAUCUAAAUAAACUUGCUAGAAAACGUCUACCCUCUCUGUCUCUCUCCUGCCUUCUCUCUCUCCUCCCUCUCGUUAAUAUUUAUCUCUCUCCCCAUUUCGCUUUAUAUUUCUCUCCAUCGCUUUAUCUUUCUCUCUGUCUCCCCCUUUCGCUAUAUCUUUCUCUCUCCCUCCCCCUUUCCUUUAUAUCUUUCUCUCUCACUCUCUCCCCCUUUCGCUUUAUCUUUCUCUCUCACUCUCCCCCCCUUUCCUUUAUCUUUCUCUCUCACUCUCCCCCUUUCCUUUAUCUUUCUCUCUCACUCCCCUUUCCUUUAUCUUUCUCUCUCUCCCCCCUUUAUCUUUCCUUUUCCCUUUCUCUCUCUCUCCCCUUUCGCUUUAUCUUUCUCUCUCUCUCCCCCCCUUUCCUUUCCCUUUCUCUCUCUCUCCCCCCUUUCCUUUAUCUUUCUCUCUCUCCCUUUCCUUUAUCUUUCUCUCUCUCCCCCUUUCCUUUAUCUUUCUCUCUCUCUCCCCUUUCCUUUAUCUUUCUCUCUCCCCCUUUCGCUUUAUCUUUCUCUCUCCCGCUUUCGCUUUAUCUUUCUCUCUCUCUUCCCCUUUCGCUUUAUCUUUCUCUCUCCCGCUUUCGCUUUCGCUUUAUCUUUCUCUCUCUCUCCCGCUUUCGCUUUAUCUUUCUCUCUCUCUCUCCCCCCCUUUCGCUUUAUCUUUCUCUCUCUCUCCCCAAUUCGCUAUAUCUUUCUCUCUCUCUCUCCCCCUUUCGCUACAUUUUUCUUUCUCUCUCCCCCUUUCGCUUUACCUUUCUUUCUCUCUCUUCCUGUCACUUUUUCUCAUCUUAUUGCUUUCUUUCUCUCUCCCUCCUUCUCGCUUUCUGCUUCUACUUCCCUCUCACUUUAUUGCCCUUUCUCGCUUCUCUCUUCAUUUGCCUCUCUCUCUCUCUCUCUUGCUUUUACUCUCCCUCCCUAUCGCUUUCCACCCUCCUUCUUUCUAUUUCCCAUUAUCUCUCUUCUCUGGCUUUCUUUCUCUCCCUCCCUCUCUCUACAUAA